AUGCUUUACUCUACUGGCUAUCAAAUUACCAAUUCCUCCAGACGACUAGAUCACUUACGAAGUCUCUUCUUGGCCAGCUGCCUUACACAUGCAGCCAAUUUAUUCUCGGCUGGCUCUCGGCCAGGCUCUGAUUCUACUUCAUUUUCUCCUGUUGAUAUCGUCAAUGUACCCAAUAGCCUGACCCGAUUUAUUGAAUUAUUAGCCAGUCUAUUCGGCAAUGGGCUGAGCAGUGGUGUGACGGCUGUCAACCCAACUGGUUGCAUUUUGCCGAAACAAUCUUGUGAAGUUAACCCUGAAGCCUUUAAUAUAGGCACUUCUGUAAGUUGCUCAAGCAGUAGCUGCGCUGGUAUCUGCACUAGUAGUGGUAGCAGAAUCACCUCAUGUGGUGGUGUUGGAACUGCCCAAACUUUCCCAGCCACGUAUUCAACAGCUGUAUUACCGUUACUGCUUGGCACUUGCCAGUCGGCUUCACAGGCCGUCGCGAUUCUCCUGCCACCCGAGCCGCAACCAGGCCCCUGCCUCCUCUUUUCAUUGAGUUCUGGGUAUCAACAGGAAAUCCAUCAGCCCCCUUCGCCCCCCCUCUCCCCCCAGCAGCUGCCUUCAACGCACCAAGCUAUUGACUUAGCCCUUGUUCUGCUUGUGCGGAUGGCCAACGCCGUUCGCCGUGCCGGUGGUGAUGGCCUUGGUCCAGGAACUCCCGGCCAAUGGCCUUUAUCCAUUUCUCUUGCUGCUAAUUCUACUAGUUCUACCCUGGCUAACUGUGUUGGCACAAAUGGGACAUCAAUGUCUAUCAAUUCUAUUGUUGCACCAGUUCAAGCCGUUGUGAAAGUGUUCCUACUCAACUGGUUUAUUGAACGGUUCAAGGACGAAAAAUCAGCUGUAAUUAUGGCUUCACGACUUGUAUAUAUUGAAUUAUGUCUACCAUAUUUUACAUUUUAG